UUGAAGCAGCUCUCUCUCUCUCUCUCCUCCUCCUCCAGCUCCAUCUCCUCUCUGCAGACCAUCUCUCCUCCUGUCCUCUCUGCUCCUUCCCGCUCGCUGUCUCGGAGCUCACACCGGGACUCUCUCGGAUCUGUACCCGGCUCGGGGCGCACGGAGGGCGGCCUGCGGACCGAGGAGGCGUCGGUGUGAAGCCUGGAUGUACUGACUGCAUUCAUGGAUGCAGGCUCUCGUGUCUCACCUUGGGAGGAGAGUUCAGCCCACAAUGCCUGACCCCUGACCUCUGAGACCCUCUGAGGAGGAGGACGAAGAAGAGGAGCCCCCUGCUAAGCAGAUAUGGAGGGUGGAGAGGAGGAGAGCCGAAGAGAAGAGAAUGAAACCUCCUCCAGACUGGGGAGGGCCUCCCCAAGGGCGGGAGGAGAACCCUGCCCACAAAACGGCCUCAUUAACACCCACAGACUUGGGCCAGAGCCUCUGCUGUUGGUGUACUCUGCCCCCCAGUAUCAGAGUCAUGUAGUGAACACGCCCCCUUUGCAGGAGAGGAGCAGUCGGGGAGGGGCUCCUCCUCAGCUCCUGAACCCCAGCGCUCUCCUCUCCCAGCAGGUGUUCACGGACCCUCACCUCAGGCCGGCCCCGAGCCUCCUCCUGUGCCCGGAGAGCGUCCUGAGGGCGUGGGGAGAGGCUGGGGGAGGAGACUGCUGUGAGACCACCUUUAUUGAGGGGCUCGGUCCUGACGGGUCCACCUCAGCUGCCGCUGGCUCCUCCACAAAGGAGGCGCUGCUGUUUGCUGACAGGAAGUAUCUGGACUUUUCUGGAGAGGAUGCAAAGAUUCACACGCUGUCAUAUGACAUCGACGAUGAUGAGGAGUUCCAGGAGCUGGAGAGCGAUUACUCCAGUGAGUCUGAGAGCGAGGAUGCCUUCCUGUUGAUGCCUCCCAGAGAUCACCUCGGCCUCAGUGUCUUCUCCAUGCUCUGCUGCUUCUGGCCGCUCGGCAUUGCUGCCUUCUACCUGUCACAUGAGACCAAUAAGGCGGUGUCUAAAGGAGACUUCCACCACGCUAGCUCCAGUUCCAGGCGGGCUCUCUUCCUGGCCGUGCUGUCCAUCACAAUCGGGACGGGUAUCUAUGUGGGCGUAGCUGUGGCGCUCAUCGCCUACCUCUCCAAGAACCACCACUGGUGACCG